AUGGAUCUCUCGAAGCAGUGGCUGGAUCAGGGACUCGCCUUGUUGACCUGUCCGCCUGCGGUGCCCUGUAUCGAGGUUCUUCAGGCGUAUGGCAUUCUAGGCCACCUGUCGAUGCAGUUCGAGGGGUUCACGGGGGUGUCGGGCUCGCUGCUUUUCUUCUGUUCGCAGAUGGCGCGCAAGAUGGGGCUUCACCUGAUAGACAUGCCGGCCAAGAGGGAGGAAAGACGUCGGGGGGGCGCUAAUCUGAUCGAGGUCGAGGUGAAGAGACGUAUCUGGUGGCAUAUUGUUUCGACGGACUGGAUCAUGGCGAAUAUGGGAGGCCCCCAGGAAGGAACAUACUCCCUGCACCCGCAUCAGAUGAAGACCAACCCGCCGAGCAACGUGGAAGACGAGAACAUCCCCGUAGGCCAUUCACGGCUCUCGGAAGAUGAAUACAGCGUCCCGCUGGGCACGACCUCAACGACCGUGAGCUAUUUCAUCGUACGGACCAAGCUGGCCACUCUCUUCCGCGAGGUCAUCGACAAUCUCCCCGCGGGCUACUUCGCCAGCCCCAGCAGCAACGUCAGCGUCGACAUGUACGAGACCAUCCUCUCGCUGGACCAGCGCUUCAUGACCUUCCUCAAGUCCCUCCCGCCAUACUUCCAACUACACAGUGAUAUCCAUAUGGAUACCAACAACAGCAACAGCAACAGCAACAGCAACCCUCUCUCAUGGCAGCGGUAUCUGAUCCAUCAUAACUUCCACACGCAGCUCGCGCGUCUGCAUCGGCCGUUCCUCAUCCGCGGCUCUUCGGAGCCUCGCUUCGCAUACUCGCGUAUGCAAUGCAUUCGAUCCGCCGAAACAGUCAUCGAGAUCCACCGCGCGCACUUUGCACAGUAUCCCCACCUCCCUCGCGUGCACUACAUGCAGCACCAUCUUCUCAUGGCCACCGUCGUCCUCACCAUGGACGUGUGCUUCAACCCGGACGAAAUCAAGGCCGCCGCCCGCAAGGCCGAUCUGCUGGCCAUCUUCCGUAUCCUCGAGCAAGAGGAACUCGCCUUCUCCUCCGCCCAUCAUCCGUCUAGAGCUAUCAAUCGGGCGGUCCAGGUUUUGAGAAAAAUGCUCGACAAAAAUAAUAUCUGUACACUAGAUAAGCAGGAGGCCUCCUCUUUACAACUACACCCUGUCCACAUGCAACCUGUACUCGAACCUAUCCAACUCCCGGAGACUCAACAACACCAACAACAACAACAACCACCCUCGGAUGACUUCUGGAACGAGUUCAUCCACUAUGCUCCCUCCUUUGAUGUUCCGGACUGGGGCAUUCUGUUCAAUAAUUUGGACUCCCAGUACAGCGGGCUGGCAUGA